CGGCUAGCCGAGGCGGCCGGCCGGGGACGGCGGGAAGGCGAGAGGCAGCGCUGAGGGAGGAAAGACAAGGGCGUGGGGGUGGAGGCAAGAAAAGAGGCGGCACCCGGCGACGGAGGAAGCGGCCUUUGCUUAGGCUACUGCCUCGUCUAACCCAGCGUUGCCUGCACUGACUGGCAGCGGCUCUCCAGAGGGUCAGGCGAAGAGAGGCCGUCCCCACCUCUAGCUGCCUGAUCGCUUGUUUAACUGGAGGCGCUUGUGACUGUGCGUGGGACCUUCUCCCUGCAAUUGUCGGAUGUAUUGCUUUUCGCCAAAAGCUUGUGCAAAAUGCCCAGUACAAGCAGCCGUGUGUAUGGAGGGGGACAAGCUCAGCGUGCCCCCCAGUGUGGGCGAGCGGUCGCAGCGUAGCAGCAUCUCCUCUACUGGACCCCGAACUCUCGACGUCCUGGUCUAUCUGAUUGACGACACAGUAGUGAGGCUAACGCUGGACAACUUGCCAUCGAUCACAGCGCAUGAGCUGCAUCGGAUUGUCUUGGAUACCCUGAGGCUGCCCACAUAUUCCCUGGAGGUUUUUUCUCUAUGGCUGGUGUCCCCCUUUCUUGAACUGCAGCUAAAGCCAAAGCACCAGCCCUACAAGGUUUGCCGGCAGUGGCAAGAUCUCCUCUUCCGAUUCACCAGCUGUUCCAAGGAUGAGAUCUUCGAAGAUGAGCCCUCACUGCAGUUCCGAAGAAACAUCUUUUUCUCGAGAAGGAAGGAGGCGCAGAUCCAGGAUGAGGAUGUUCUGCGGCUCUUGUACGAGGAGGCCAAAUACAACAUUCUGGAAGGGCGGUAUCCCUGUGACCUGGCGGACUGCGAGGUGCUGGGGGCCUUGGUGUGCCGGGUGAACCUGGGACCCUACGAUCCGGAGCAGCACACGGCUUCUUUCCUGAAAGAGAGGUUGGACUCCUUCCUGCCCUCCCACCUUUGCCGAAGAGGCCACGGGAUCCUCACAGCCCUGUGGAAGCGUAGUGCUGCCCGUCCCCCUGCCGACGAGCAGGGCUUGCUGCAGGCCUACCGUCUGGUGCCUGAGGAAGAGGAGGGGGCCUGCGAGGAACGGGCCGCCCUGCGCAAGCUUUACCACGCCUACCUGCAGAAGUGCCACGAGCUGCCACAUUAUGGCUGUGCCUUUUUCUCCGGGGAAAUCGACAAGCCAGCCCAGGGCCUGCUGCACCGGGGCGGGCGCAAGGCAGUGAUGGUAGCCAUCAGCCUGGAGGGCGUCUACAUCAUCGACAGCAAAGAGAAGCACAUCUUGCUGGGCCUGCGCUUCCAGGAACUCUCCUGGGACCACACAUUCCCCAGUGAGGAGGACCACAUCCUGUGGCUAGAGUUUGAUGGGGAGAAUGAAGGCACCCCCGUCAACAAGCUGCUGAAGGUCUACUCCAAGCAGGCUGAACUUAUGAGCAGCCUGAUAGAAUAUUGCAUUGAGCUGAACGCAGCUGCCGAGGGGGUGCCUCUGGAGCCGGCUGCCAAUGCUGCACCCUCGCCCACGUCCCAGAGCCCCCCGUCUGACAGGCAGCGGAAUCCCAAACUGCAGCGGCAGAACAGUGUCCUCUGCAGCCGGAUCCAGAAUCUCUCCACCAUAGACUACGUUGAGGAUGGGAAAGAGAUCAAGAGGGUGAAGCCCCGCAGGACUACCUCUUUCUUUGGCCGCCAGCUGUCAAACGCCCCCACCUCCUACUCAGCUGUCCAGGCGGCUGAGAACCUGGAACAGGGCUGACUCCCUUCCGCAGGUGGCAUGGAUGGGACCAGGAGGCCUUGGGGCGGGGUGUGUGUGUGAAUCUUCAGCAUAUGGACUGCCUUCCAAGGUUAGAUGCUAUUGAAAAUCCCCCCCCAAAAAACACACAAGUGAAUACAUCUCAAGUAUACUCCAUCUUACUCCAUCUGCAAUGGUGACGUGCCUUCUUCUGACUUGUUUGGACUUUACCCCGUCCUCCAUUUUUGAGUUUGUUCCCAGCGUACAGCAGAGGAUGUUGGCGGCUCUUGUGCCGGGAAGGGGCUUCUUCUCUCUCCCCGCCCCCCGCUCCUGGCGGCAGCUGCUGCUGUGCUGUCUGAGUGGGCCCAUCCAAAUGAGGCUGCCACCCCUGCCCCACAACGUCUUCAACUGAAGGAGGACAGAAUAGAUCCAAGUUGGUUCUGUUAGGAGUGUGAGGAUCCAGGAGAGGAACUUUCUAUGAGGGGAAAUUGUGAAAGGAGAAGCUGAGCUUUCAUCUUGCAUCAAAUGUGUGUUUUUCUUGAUAUGCCUCUUACUGCACUUGUUGCAUCUGUAGAAACUGUUGCAGACUGGAUACUUGUUCUGUUUAUUUAUUUCAAACCACUAAUGGGGGAAGGAUUCUCCCCCCUUCCACAUGGCUUGGUGCCUGAGGAGCUAGAGGGGAAACGUUCAAUGGAAGGAGUGCUGGGAGGUGGUGCCAUUUCCUUUUAGAUGCAACUUGGAGCACAUUUGCACAACAGUGUGCAUAUGCACAGGGAUGGCGCUCCAGUGGAUGUGUGGUGGAGCACCUAGCUGGACCCCUGCACAUCUACCUGCAGUCCUCAGUACUGGCAUUCUUAAGGGGGAACAACUUCUGUAGUCAUCACAAAUGCCCCCCCCCCGGCUCCAGUUCCCUUGGAGCAGGCUGAAGCAAGCUAAGUUGGUUCUGCUACAUCUAUAUUUGCAGGAACAGACAGAGUGUGCACAGACCCUCCUUGUUCACACUUUGGUGACGUCCUGAGAAUUGGUCAAAUUGAGUUGUGUUUACAGUAUCUGUUAACUUCACACAUCCACUUGAGCACUUUUCUACUGGGAAGGGGGGGAAAAGCUAUGUUGGCGUGCUGCAAGCUAUUUUAAAUCCAAAGACCUCUUUUGGGAUGAGGGGUAGGUGUCGUUGCAUUUAGAAAAACGCUAGUAUUUGUUUCUGUGUCUGUAGAAACAAAAAAUGCCUUGGUGCAUCUGCAGUUCAGGAAUAGAGAAACUUGCAGUUCUCCAGAUGUUGCUGGAUUCUCACUUCUCAGUAGCCCCGAGCUUGGUCAGCGAUGAUGGGAGCCGAAAGUCCAGCAGCAUCUGGUGGGCCACAGAUGUUUCCCUGCCCCUUCCACUGUUGGUCCCCUUGUAAAAUGGGAGCCCUUCUCUGUUUCCUUCCAACUCCCAUAAUGAUUUUUACUGCUGGGUCCAAACCUGGAUUUGUCCCACCUUGUUCCAUCACCUCUCCAUGCUGUGCACCUGAAGGAGGCAACAGCCAUUGUUGCUCUUUGUAAUAUGCUCACAAGUACCACGCUGGCAACAAAAGUUUGCUUACAAAGUGUGGUGAAAGUGCCUUCCUGCCCCCGCCCCCAAAGCAACACUAUGCAACAUGUUUUUCACUAAUCUUUAUUGUCAGAGUGUGUUUGCUCACUAACUUCGUAAAAGGGAUUGUUUGUUGCCAUAAAGACAGUGGAUUUAA